AUGGAUAGUCCCUCAGAGAGCACCGAGCACGCUCUAGCCAAGCGUCACUUCUACAUCUGCGGCGAUGAGACCUUGUCCUGGCGACCGGAAUGGUAUACCCAGUCAUGGUUCACAGCCGAUCGACAGUCCUAUGAUCGAGAAGCCUCUUUGGAGCCGGUAUCUCCGCCUAUCUCUAUCAUCACCACAGUACCGGACUGUGCUAGAGCUCUCAGCGCAGAAUCAAGCCGUGAUUCAUCCUCGUUCGUAGCUGAGGCCACGACCAGCACCACCCGUUUUACUACCAUGUCGACAGCCAUUACGACGGGAAGGACAUCAGCAGGCGUGGCGGUAUCUACUACUUUCACUUCUGUCCUCACUUCGCUAAUGGCGUCGUCUACUGCGCCUCUCAGUCUAUCCUCUGCAUCUGGUUCAACGAGAGCAGCUCUGGAUAGCACGAACUCCUGCGCUGGGGAUGUAGAUUGGCAAGCUUGGGGAGCGAUAGCUUCUCUCAGCGUGGCAGUCAUCUUCGGAUGCCUCGUGUGGGGACUUUGGGCCAUCUUGAGGAAUCGAUUACCGGCAAUGUACUCCCCGAGAUCAUGGCAUGUCCCUUCAGAAUCACGUCCAUCUUUGUCUCUCGUCACCUUCCUCCUCCCUUUCUUACAUCUCCCAUCUCUUUCAUCCUCGCAGCCUCUCUCGUCAGGUCAGCAGGCAUUACAUACCAUGCUUGCCUCUCUCAAGCUAGCGGGAAUAGCUUCGAUCUUGGCUCUGGCAGGAGCCCUUCCACUCAUCACCGCCGGGGUGCCCUGUCUUUCUAGCACAGCUCCUCCGAACGAACAAGGAGGUCGGCUGGGAUCAUUGACCGAUCUAUCUCUACUCCGACUACUAGACGCUCUCGAUCCAUCACCUGAUUCAAUGACGACCUCGGUCAGAUUACACCUCCCGUCAUAUUCUCGAGCGGUAUCUGCACGCCUCGGCAAAAGGGCGCUCAUGUCCACUAUAGCUCCUGCCAUUUCAUCAGCCAGGAUCCGACUCGUUAUCAUACUGGUCCUCCUUGCCCUGUUCUCAUGUGCUGGAGGUCUCUUUGUCAUUGUUCGGCUGUACGCCUCUUUCGCCAGAUAUCGUAAACGGUUCGAAAACGACAUGUGUGGCGGAUUGGACAUGGUGGUGAUUCCCAUGCACGAAGCGCCGGGUUGGCGUAAUAUGACGGAGGCGCGGCUCCUCAAGCGGUUGCAGAGUCAGCUCGGAGAGGUGACAGAGAAGGACAGCAUGAAACACGUGGACAUUGUAGGACUGUUUGCAAUCCCCGAGACGAGCAAGUGGCGCCACAAAUUGGCUGAAAGGGAUCAAGUUCUGGAAGCAUUGGAAGUGGCAGAGGCAAAGUAUGUCCAGUCAUUCCAUCUUGUUCCGACCUCUUCGAACGGCCAUAGAUUGGAGUAUAACAAGGGAGAGCCGACCUCACACAAAGUGGACGACUAUCUCGCCCCACGAGAAUACUACAAGCUGAGCUCUGGUCGACGCAAAUCAGGCUCAGGUGAACGUCUCGAAGUGCCUAUUCCUACAUCCACGCCAUCCCGCAAUCCCAUCUCCCGCUUCGUCGAAGUAAAUCGAGACUCAUCUCUCUUUUCGAAACGAUUUUCGAUCGGUCAACGGAUCAAAGUAAAUGAACAUGGCGAAUACGUACCAGAUCCAUCGCCUGACUCUGAAGCUGCGAAUCCUCUGAGUUCGACAUCGCAUGACGAUCACGAGAGUGUGACUCCGACGCAUAUGGAUCGUCAGGCAAACGGUUCCUCCCCUGUCGAACGCGUACCUCAAAACUCGAGCUCUGGCUCAUCGGGAGAUUCCCAAGCAGAUUUGGUCCCUGGUAGCACGUCAAUGGACCUACCGCCAUUACAAGCGGGACCAUCAAGGCGUGUGGACGUCCAAGAACCUCCAUCUCCGCAAUCAGAGCAUCAAGCGGAGAUCCUGCCGGCCUCUGGAAUGCCAACGUGGACGUCGCACUUCAAUCCAUCGCCGCUUGGACAGCAGUACGAUGUCAUUCGGCAAUCCCGCGCUAGGCUAGUCGCUUUGAAUGGGGAAAUUGCUUUACAUCAACAGCAGACCUUCGUUCAACUCUCCAGAGGCACCGAUAUCGUUGGCUGGGUCAUCGUCGGUCGAGGUGCCCGUUGGAUACCCGGCGCAGAGAUGAUAGAAGGAAGGACAAUCGAAGACGUUUUGUGGCGCCACGUCGGGAUGAAAAGUGGCGAGAAAGCCUUUUGGAUCAAAGUCGGUGUCCUCGGUGUGGCUCUAGCACUCUUAAUUGUUCCAUUUUUGGGAUUAUCAGUGGCUACUGCUCCAGGCUUUGCACAUUAUCUGGGCUUGCUGACACCCCUGGAGCGAAGUGAUGGGUUCGGCUCAGGAGUGGCUCAAGGGUUAGCUCCUGCGCUCGCGGUGAUUUUGGCAACAGCGACUGCCGUGUUGCUCACGAAUCAUUUCUCCACCCAGGUCAAAGUCGUAUCUCGGGUCCAUCAAGAAGCUCUGUGCUUUAAAGCGACGUUCUAUCUUCUACUCUUCACCACUCUGUUCUGGCUAAUCACAGUCGCGGCCCUUGAGUUUGCAGUCCAGAGCCUGGUAUUAGAGGUGCAAAGUGCUCGAUUCGUAGGCGAUGGUGCCAUCUUUUCGACCUGGUUCGUCUUUAUCAUCCUCCUCAACAUUGCCGUCAUUGUUCCGGCUCUGUACCUGCUCCAACCGAAGCGUCUGUGGAAUUUCUUCUGCUCCCGUCGGCGGACUACUACCCCUCGACAGCGAUUUAGACGCACAGCUCCUCCCUCAUUCGAUAUGGCAUUUGCUCUCCUUCCAUUCCUUAUCGCUGUCUUUUACGCCUUUUCUCUCAUCUUUCUCUUCCCGUUGCUUGCGAUACCUCUCCUUCUCAUGCUAUUCCUGUCCUUGGUGGCUGGGCGGUAUAUGAUUGAGAACGUCUGCGUAGACAAGCAUGGCGGUUUCAUAUCGCCCACUUUGGGUCUCUGGGUUAUCACUCGAUUUGGAUUGUUGCUGUCACUACAGCCACUGUUAUACGGGUUGAUCUUGCUCAGUAGGCGAGAAUGGGCCAUUGGAUCUGUCAGUCUGGCUUUGGCUCUGAUCACUGUCUUGCUUGUCUCUGGCCUUACUUUCUUGCGGUACCCUUCGCCUAGGCGUAAAGAUCUGCCGAUACGCACGAAGAAUGCUUUGGCCGAUCUCCGACGGGACAUGAAGCGAGACUCGAAAACUGAUGAUGCGGAACCACGAUCUCACCGAGUCUCUGAUUCAUCGAUGCUCCAGCGAUUGGCAGUCCUUCUACCGGGGUACACCCGUCUCCCGUCCGAUUGUCCACUGCCUCUGCCAACAGAAUGGAUUGACGACAAGGUCCACACUGAAAAAGCAUCUUGGACCCGGCCCGAUCUUUCUGAUGAACCCAGACAAUUCUUCCAUGAUCCGGGCGAUGGACUACGUGGUUUGAUCUACCCGCCAGAGAUGAUCGCUCCCCGGCCGGUCCUCUGGCUCGAGAGGGACACUUCGGGCGUCGCGGAGUCUGAGGCGGCGGAUCUUGAGAAGUAUCAUGAUUUACCUCCCAUUGUGGACCCCGCGCGUCAGCGGCGGCAUACCGAACAGUACCAAGAUCAGGAGGGUCAGAAGAAGGGUCAAUGGUGGGGGAGACGGGAAAGCAAGGGCAAGCAAGCGAGAUUAGAGGCGUCUUCUCCAUUAUUACGUUGAGUCAGAAUCUUGUCAGGAUCUUUCGUAAGGACACUUCGGGAACGGACUCAU